AUGGCAGUAAGUAAAAGAUGGGAACAAGCAAAGUUUCAUCAUCUAUGUUAUUGUUGUUUGGGUAAUGAUCAUGUUGGAAACAAAUGCGAGAAACCAAGAAAAUGUGGAACCGAUGUUUGUCAGGAAGUUCAUAACAGACUAUUGCAUUUAAAGAAACAAACGAGAAAAAAAAGGGAAGAAACAACUCUUCUUACCAAGUUUUCCAGUAAAAAUCAUAGUCAAGAAGUGGCUAUAACAACUUUAUCUGUCAUUUUAACAAAUGGAAAGCUGUCGAUAAAAGUUAACGCUCUAUUGGAUGAUGCUAGUACCCAAACCUAUAUAAACAGUAAUGUAGCUGCAGAACUUGGAUUACAAGGAGUAAUGAAAGAAAUUAAGAUUAAUGUACUCAAUGGUAGAGUAGACACAUUCCAAACAAUGCCGGUUGAAUUUCAGUUGGAAAGCAAUGAUGGUAAAUUGAAAAAGAAGAUAAAUGCAUUAACAGUUGAUACAUUUACGAGUAACAUGCAAUUGGUGGAUUGGAAUAAAUAUAAAAACCAUUGGAGUCACCUAAAAACUAUACCAUUUUGCAGAUUGGGACAGCGACCGAUUGUAGAUAUUCUUAUUGGAUUGGAUAAUGCUGAGCUUCACUCAUCGAAAACAGAAGUUAAAGGACGCACUGGAGAUCCAAUAGCACGACUUACGCCACUGGGAUGGACAUGUGUUGGGGCGCUUGAACGUACUCAAAAUCAUUAUACUUGCCACACCAGGACGAACACUAAAAAUAUUUCCGAAGUUGAAAAAAUUAAUGAGACACUAAAAACAUUUUUGGAAAUCGAAAAUGUUUAUCCAACAUCAGAAACGCAAGCUGGAAGUGUUGAAGACAAAAAGGCCCUAGACUAA